AUGGCAUUUUCCGAAAACGCAACGACUUCGCCUCCAUCUCCUUAUCUGCAAGUCGUGCCGGCUCGCAGCUGCCCACCAAAGUUGGGCGAUAGUUGUACCUCAUCUGGGAGUCUGGAGUCCCCUCUCGAUGCGAAUCAGUUGGAGCAACUCCUUGAAGCCAUUCCACAGGCAGCGGCUGGAUCCUCAGAGCCAAAAGGUCAGGCAGUCGCACCUCCAAACACCCCAGAGUCUUCAUCUUCCAACCGCACUGGUCCAACCGUUCCACUCCCCCGUGAUCCAGGUGCUUAUGCCAAUCAGCCUGCCGAGAUUAUGCCCGUUCCAGUUCCGGCCGCAGCCAUUAGUCAACCGCCCGCCGAUGGCCAAGCCAGGAACCCCUCUAACAGUCCACGCCUCCAUUCUUCCCAGCCGGUUACAAUGAACCAGUUGAAGGAACUCCUCCUUGCUGUGCUUGAUGAGAAGUUGGAGUCAUUCACGGGCACCGUAAACGGACCAGCUGGCCCCGACACAGGCGGAGAACAUGGCAAGCACAUCAGGUGGAUCAGGGCUUCAAAGCUGGAGUAUAAGAUCGUCAACGAGGUCUGGGAUCCAAGGGCAUACAGGUAUACGAUAGUCGACCGGGUGCCCGCCCCCGAUGUGAGUGAGUUAGACGAAUGGAUAUUUGUCGUUCGGAACCGUGUUGACAGGAGAUCGCAUGAAACUACCACGUUCAUUGACAUUAAGUCACCUGUUUUGCAAGAUAUUUUGAGGGUCAUAUUGAAGAACAUUGGGAUGGCUGGUCUGGAGGCAGACAAACCAGCGGUCGAACAAGGACUCUUGUAUCAUUUCCUCUCCGAGAUGAGAGACUAUGCAACGUUUGACGAAGGACACAAGCAUGAUGGUGUCUGCCAUCUAAACUUACUGGUACAGUACCUUGAGAGUGUGUAUCAACCAACCGCAGAACGACUCUCUUCACUCAUCGCGCAUCGAAAAAUCACAUACGAUCUCCUAUGGGCACUGUUCAAGCCAGGAACAUUGGUAUACCUGGAAUGCCCCUCCACUGGUUUGCCAAGGUGUAUCCGGUUCACUUACGGGGUGGAAACCAAAACAUACCGGAAGCAGGACUGUUUUGAGAUCCACGGCCAGUACUUCGACGACGACGGAGUACUUUUCGGCGAGUGUGAAGAGGUUAUUCAGAUCGAAGUCUUCCGGGGAGCGAGACGCAUCGAAAGUCUUCCAGCCUAUCCCUUGAAGCUGCACGCUGACCAGAAUGUCUGGUCGCGUCUGGUAUCGAAUGGUCGCAAGUUUAUCGCUCUCAGGGGGAGCCAUCAUCGCCAAUACCGAGGACAAAUGUUCGUCCCCGUGAAGGAGGACCUGUUGAAAAUUGUUUUGGAAAGCACUUCGUUCGACCGCAUCAGGGGCAACGGCAUAGAUCCGCACAAGAUGAAGGAAGAAGAUUUAGUAAGGUGCAGUCCAACGGUGCUUGGCUUUUGCUUGAACAAGAAAUUCUGGGGGGAAUUUGCAGUAGACACCGUCGAAGAAAUUAAAUUUUCAACCUCGCUCUUUGACAUGUUAGAGAUCCCCGAAGAUAAGAAAAGGGUUGUGAAAUUCCUUGCCGAGAGCCGCGUGACGGAAGCGAAAAGGACAAACGAGGAUGACAUAAUCGCCGGAAAGGGGCAGGGUGUGAUUAUGCUUCUCCACGGGCCACCUGGGGUGGGGAAAACAUUGACAGCAGAAGCAAUUGCUGAGGAUCUCCAAUGCCCACUUUAUUCGAUAUCCUCUGGACAGUUGAGCUCAGAUGCGGAGACGCUGGAAUCCCAGCUGGGCGACAUCUUCGAUGCGGCAGCGGCUUGGAAGGCAAUCCUCUUGUUGGAUGAGGCCGACGUGUAUCUACAACGGCGCAAUGGGCUGCAGCUAGAGCGAAAUAGGCUCGUCGCAACCUUCCUUCGCACACUCGAGUAUUAUGGCGGGAUCUUCUUCCUCACCACCAACUUGAUCGAAGAAUUUGACGAAGCCGUUCUCGAUCGCGUCCACUUAAAAUUGCGGUACGGCAACCUUAAUUGGCCGGCCCGUCGGAAAAUUUUCGACCAUUUCUUGAAGGGUGCGAAAGCAGAUAUUGAAGAAACAGACCUACGAACAUUCGCUGAAAUUUCGUUGGACGGGCGUCAGAUCAAAAACAUCGUCAAGGUUGCUCGUAAUGUUUCUUCGGGUGAGGGCGUCCAACUUUCUGCGGCUCAUGUUCGGAUGGCCCUCCGCGCCAACGGUUACAGCAUUCCCGCCCAGCGCUCUCUUGAAUUUGACCACAGCUUGUACGAGGAUUAG